AUGCUCGCCCUCCGACGUCUCGCAGCCCCAUCCCGCGGGCCCCUCCGCGCGCUCUCCACGUCGGCGCCGAGGGCCGUUUCCCGCGCCUGGGCAAAGGACGACGACGCCGCCACACCCGACGCAUUCACAGUCACCGCGGCCCCCCUCCCAGCCCCGGACGCCAGGUCGCCCAUUCUCGACCCGGGGUAUCCGAGCCGCAGGGAGCGACUGCGGCUCGAGAAGAGCCAGGCGCGCGAGCAGGGCGGCGACGCGUGGAGGUCGGACCCGUUUGCCGUCAUGACGCUCUCCCCGAAGCGCUUGUGCGCCGUGACCCAGGAGACUCUACCAACUGAUUUUAUGGUCAACCUCCGGCCGGUCAUCACCGCGUCGAGCGGCGAGGGCACCCCGAGUGAGAGCCACGAGCUCACCCUCAUCCCCGAUCGCAUCGAGCACCCAAAGUACAAAGCCAAGCGGCCCGGCUCUGGCGUGUGGCUCACGCUGCACCCGGACGUCGUGAACGCAGUGUACAGCCCGAAUGGCUCCUUGUGGCGCGCGGUGCGUUCCCUCGACCGCGACAUGCGCGUGUCGCGUCGCCUCCCGGAACAAAUCAAGCACCAGCUCCAGAAUCGAGUCCACCAGGAGCUCGAGCUCCUGCGCAAGAGCAUCGUCGCCGUGAGCCGUGUGCCCCCUGCGAGCGGCAAGCCGAGCUCCGGGCGCCUCGUGCGCGCACUCAAGCCGGACGAGGUGGACGCCGUGCGGGCCGGCAAGGCGCCGAGCGGGCGCGGCGGCCGGCCGCUGGCAAUCCUCGACUUCACCCGCGUGAACGACCACACGCCGGCGUCGGCGGCCGUCGUGGCCGAGUAUGCUAGCGCGCCAGCAGAGAAGGGGCAGGCCGAGCUGGUGCGCGGCGUGUCCAUGCCGCUGCUCACGAACGCAAAGGGCGAGGCCAACGUGCCGCUCUACCCCGUCAAGCUGCUGUUCGGGGAGCGCGCAGCGACGCUCGCGGCCGAGGUGCGCGCCGUGCUCGCUGCCGAAGAGGUGUACUAUGCCACUUCGCGCGGGCGCGACCCGGCCAAGGCGCGCAAGAACGAGAGCGCCGAGGCUGUCGCUGCCACGGAGCAGGUUCGCCACCACCGAAAGGAGGAGGAGGCGCUGCUUGUUGCUAUUCAGGCGCCGAGGAUUCCCGGGUGGAAGCGCCCAGACGACAUCACGGUUGACUUGGCCAUCGCGCUGUGGAGGCUUGCGCUGUGGGAGGGUAAUGGGUGGAAGGUGGAGGCGAGCGAGGGGAAGUAA